GUGCAGCUUAUCAGUGCAUAACGCCAUGGGGAAGUGUCUAGGUAAGCUGUUCGAUGGUGGGGCGUCCGGUGAACCCAAGCCCCCGCCGCCUAAACAAAAACCCGCCGUUAAGGCUAGAACGAUCCGGUUAACACGAGGGGCGUCUCGGAGUGAGGUGAUCGUCGUGGGACAGUAUCUUGCCGUGGAUCUCAGCAACAUAGCAAGUGAUGAUGCGGUUUCGUACGAAAUCACACCAUACCCAAAAGACGAUGUCAUAGUCAGCAUGAAGGAUGAGCGCCCCCGUGCGACAGGCAACGUCGCUGCAGGCGGGAUGGACAGCGCUCUUGCUAAGAAGAUGGUUGUGUAUGUGUAUGCACGGAGCCACAGUGUCGAAAAGGACGACAAACUGGUGACCUUUGAAUUCAGCGACGCGAACGGCCGUCCAGCGGGGCAGGCAGAGCUGAGUCUGACGGCGUACUUCCUGUCUCUGGACGUGGACUGUGACAGAGACGGGGUGGUGGAGGUCAACAAUCCCCACAAGGGUACGUGGGAGUGGGGUCCCAGAGGGCACGGGGCUGUGCUCCUGGUCAACAACGACAACGAUGACUUCGAAGGGACCUUUGACCCGGAUAAUAAAAACAGCAGGAUUGAUGGACCACUAGAUAUAAAAGACAUGAGCCCGAUGGUUGUGCGCAUGCGUGGGCCACCAAAGCUGCCCGCGGAGUACUCUAUAAGACUGAGCACACCGCCAGAGUGCGCCGAGAGAAUGGGGGUCUUCUGUCUACAGCCUGACGUUAUUAAGAACGACAGAAGGUUGGAAGAUCUUUCCAACAUGCUGAACGAGUUCUUGACUAAGCCUACGGAAGAAGCUCCUGACAUCGGUCUUAAUCAUGUGGAGAUGCGAGACCUUAUGGGGAACCUGAUUGAAGAGAAAGAAAAAGACGAACAGCCGAAAGGAGAAGAUACACCGUUAAAGAGUGAGAACCACGUGAUGGGACCAGACUCAGGUAAUGUGGUGGAGUUAGACUAUCGAGUGGACUUGCGAGACAACACCGCUACGUACGAGUUCGCCGUGGAGGGGCUACAUUAUCCGGACACCAUGUUUGAUGGGCAGGUGUCCAUCACUCUAACACUGCAAAGGGGACGAGGCUCACCAAUUUAUGAAGACACAGUCGUUUUCCAAGUCGCACCGUGGAUUAUGACACCCAACACACUCCCUCCUUUAGAGGCGUUCGUGUGUGAAAUGGAAGGUGGGGAAAACCUGAGCUUCAUCCAAGAGCUACAGGAAGUGACGUCAGCAGCCGGCGUGCCGUUAGUCAUCGUGCCGCAGGUCGUCAACAGGGGGGACAGGUGGAUGCAGGAUGAAAUCGAGCUCGGUUACUCGCAGGUACCAGGGAAGGACGUCAUGCCCGUGGUACUGGACUCCCCUCGUGACCGAGGUCUUCAACACUUCCCCAAGAUUCAGCUUCUCGGAAAAGACUUCGGCUACGUGACCCGUUUCAGCCGGACAGAGGAACCUAACUCCCUGGACUCCUUCGGUAACCUGGAAGUCAGUCCGCCUGUGACAGCAAACGGCAAGAAAUAUCCGCUUGGGCGCAUUCUGAUUGGAUCUACCUCCCCUACAAACCAGUAUGGACGACGGAUGAUGAAAGUUGUUCGGAGUUUCCUGAAGGCACAGAGAGUCCAGUCACCUGUGGAGCUCUACUCUGAUUGGCUGGCAGUCGGCCAUAUUGAUGAGUUCAUGACGUUUAUCCCGGCAAGGGGAGGAAAGGGUUUCCGGCUCCUGCUGGCCAGCCCAGAUGCCUGCUACGCGUAUUUAGGAUGGCUGCAGAGUCAAGGACACGGGAACGUCCCACUCUUCGAGGGAAAAGAGAGGUACGGAUUCUCAGCUGCUGUAACGGUAGAUCAACUAUUGCAGGACAGCAAGUUAAGGGAGGAGAACCAAGUAUUCCAGGAUGACAUCGACUGGAAUCGUGACAAGCUGAAACGGGAGCUGGGUUUGACAGAAGGAGACAUCAUCGACAUUCCAGCACUGUUCAAGGAUGAGGAAGGCAAGGGGGCAGGGUCGUUCUUUCCCGACAUGGUCAACAUGAUUGUGCUUGGCCGCCAUCUUGGAAUCCCGAAACCCUUUGGGCCCAUCGUUGACGGCGCAUGCGCAUUAGAAUCGUACGUGAAGUCGCUUCUGCAACCGCUGGGGCUCAGUUGUAACUUCAUCGAUGAUUGGAGCUCCUAUCAUCUCAUGAUGGGCGAGGUGCAUUGUGGGACAAAUACACUGAGAAAGCCCUUCAACUAUAAAUGGUGGCAUGUUGAGCCUUAGCUUGGGUUUUCACUCAUUUCUAAUGUAUCGCACUUCGUACUUUCAACUAAUGUUGUUCAGAAUGAUAUCGAUAUUCAAAAGAAGCAUCAAGAUACUUUUGGUCAAAAUUAAAGAAUUAAAUAUUCUGAGAUCAUGAUCUAGCUUUUAGCCAGGUCAGAUCGUAAUUGAUGGAGUUUAUCAAAAUGGAUUUGAGAACUAAGUACUCACGUUUUACUUUUUUGUCAGUUUUUAUAUUCAUAACCUUUGAAUAUGUAAAAAGAAUGGAUGUGUAUUUUUCACUUAUUGUAAGUUGUUGCUGACUUCUUUUUUAUGAUAUAGUCAAGAUAUAAUUUUGUAAGUAAGUAUAAGUAGAAUGCACUUUUAGCAUCUCUUGCUUUUUGCUUUAAGUAACGUUCAACUUCAGUUUCACAAAUUGUAUUGGUACUGGUAUUCAGUAGCAAAAACUAACAAGUCAAAGACACAAAGACGCUGUAAGACUAUUUUUUUUAGAUUACUUGAAAGUAACUUCUUCAAUCACUUCAGUAGUUGUGUAAAACGAGACGCAUAUGUAUAAAUUAUGCUUCGAAAUAUGAUCAGUUUUCACGUCAUAUUAUGGUAUCUUUAUUAUGACGGAAAUAGAAUGUCUAGAGUAACAAAGACAUUGUAGUGCGAGGACUCACAUGUAAUAUUUUCUUCACCGAAUGUCACGGUUGAAAAUUCAGUUAACGGAAUAAAAGACCUAAUCUUCAA